GCAUCCUCCAAGAGCUCGAGACCUCUCCAGGUUCAUGUGUUUAUUUCUCGACGGGACUGCCGAAAGCCACUGAAAUAACUGCGGUUCACCUCGACUCUCAUAUGCGGGCUCCAAAACCAACACGACGCUGCAUUUGUCCUACUAAGUGCCAUGGCUAGAAAGACGGACAUCCCCUCCUCUUACUAUGGUGAGCCGCGCAAGUUUGACCCAAACUUCAGAGGGCCCGUUCAUAACAGGAGCUGCACUGAUGUGGUUUGCUGUAUUAUCUUCAUCAUUGUCAUCCUCGGCUACAUCGCUCUGGGAACCGUGGCAUGGAUCCAUGGCGACCCCAGGAAGGUCGUCUAUCCAACCGACAGCCACGGCCAGUUCUGCGGCCACCAGAACACCCCCAAUGCAAACAAAGCCAUACUAUUCUACUUCAACAUGUUAAAAUGUGCCAGUCCUGCAGUUUUGAUUAACCUCCAGUGCCCUACAACCCAGCUCUGUGUCUCCAAGUGCCCUGACAGAUUUGCAACUCUCCUGGAUGCGUGGAAUACCAAAAACUGGGAAUAUUACAAGCAAUUCUGCAAGCCGGGCUUCGAGAUUGGCAGUAAGUCAGUUGCAGAAGUGAUACGAGAUGAAGACUGCCCUUCUAUGAUCGUGCCAAGCAGACCUUUCCUUCAGCGGUGCUUCCCUGAUUUUAUAACAAGAAAUGGAAUUUUAACUGUAGCCAAUGAGACCAUCUUCAAAGACGGUGACAAUAAGAAAAGAAGUGUCAGCGACCUCAAAGAAGCUGCCAACCAAGUAACUGCCAUGCAACAAGGAGUGGAAAGAGGUAUGGCCAGCCUGCUGAAUGCCAAAGAAAUUGGCAUGAAGAUCUUUGAGGAUUAUGCAAACUCCUGGGACUGGAUCCUCAUGUAUCUGGUGGCAUCCAUGGUGAUGAGUCUGGCCAUUAUCCUGAUGCUGCGCUGCACCGCUGGUGUGCUCCUGUGGCUCAUUAUCUUUGGUGUCAUUGCAGCAGUCGGCUACGGUAUCUGGCACUGCUACUGGGAGUACAGCACUCUGAGCGGGAAGCCAGGGGCUAACGUCACCAUCUCCGAUAUUGGCUUCCACACAGACUUCAGCAUCUACCUUAAGCUCAGCCAAACGUGGCUCAUCUUCAUGAUCUCGCUUUCUGUGUUUGAGGCCAUCAUCGUGGUUAUGCUGAUAUUUCUAAGGACAAGGCUGCGCAUCGCUUUUGCAUUACUGAAGGAGGGAAGCAAGGCCAUCAGCUACAUAAUGUCCACUCUCUUCUACCCCAUCAUCACCUUUUUCCUCCUGGCCAUCUGCAUCGCUUACUGGGCCGUCACAGCUGUCUUCUUAGCAUCAUCUGGUAAUGCAGUCUACAAGGUCACACCUACUGAUGAUAAAUGCAUGUAUGCCAACCUCACAUGCAAUCCAAAGACCUUCAGUCAGACCAACAUUACCAAAGUGUGCCCCGGGUCACAAUGCAUGUUUGCCUUUUAUGGUGGGGAAAGCGUGUACCACCGCUACAUCCUAGUCCUGCAUCUCUGUAACCUGUUUGUGUUCCUCUGGCUGGUCAACUUUACCAUCGCGCUGGGCCAGUGCACCCUGGCCGGGGCCUUCGCGUCUUACUACUGGGCCCUGAAGAAGCCAAAUGACAUCCCUCCAUGCCCCCUCUACUCGUCCUUUAGCCGGGCCAUACGUUACCAUACAGGUUCACUCGCCUUCGGUUCUCUGAUCCUCGCUGUGGUGCAGAUGGUACGAAUUGUUCUCGAGUACCUGGAUCACAAACUGAAAGGUUCUCAAAAUGCAUGCGCUCGAUUCGUAUUUUGCUGCCUCAAAUGCUGCUUCUGGUGCCUGGAACAUUUCAUCAAGUUUAUAAACCGAAAUGCGUACAUUAUGAUAGCAAUAACUGGAAAGAGCUUCUGCAUCUCUUCCAAGGAUGCUUUCUUCCUCUUGAUGAGGAAUGUUAUUCGGGUAGCUGUUCUGGACAAGGUGACAGAUUUCCUGUUCUUCUUGGGAAAAGUGCUUAUUUCAGGAACUGUUGGUGUGCUUGCAUUUUUCUCCUUCACACGUAAAAUACCAGUCAUUCAAGAGGAAGUGCCAUCCCUAAAUUACUACUGGGUCCCCCUACUGACGGUGAUAUUUGGAUCGUACAUGAUCGCACAUGGUUUCUUUAAUGUCUAUGCCAUGUGUGUGGACACGUUGUUCCUGUGCUUUUUGUGGGACCUGGAGGUGAACGACGGCUCCCCCGGCCGGCCCUUCUACAUGAACAGAGCCUUAAGGCAGCUCCUCAACAAGAGGAACGUCUCGCCGACACGCACGUAAUAGGGAAGAGUCAAGGUCAUUAACCAAAGCAUGGUACAAACCUAUGUGGCAAAAAGCAUUGUGCCAAAUGUAAGUGCACACAAGAUGCAAGUGUGCACUCUAAAUAAGUGAUUCACCCCCACACUUAUAGUAUAUGGACUUGAUAGUUGGUUAGUGUUUAAAGUUACACUCUAGUAAAAAGUCACACCGAGUUCUUGUAAAUAUUUUAUUUUAUUUUAUAGUUAUAAAUGAAAUAUAUUUGAAUAUGUAAAGUUUUUACAGUCAAUCAUACCACACAGUGCAUUCCUAUUGGAAUGACUGAUUUCUUUCUUCACUGAGAUUGUGGUAGUUGUUUUUUUCCCUCUCUUUCUCUUGUAGUUGCCUGUUUUCACCACUCAGUGGUGCCAGUCUUUACCGGACGUCUGUUGCAGAGGUGUGAAUGCUCUGCCGAUUGAACUCGUUUUUCCAUGUAAUGGUCAAACGUCAGCUUAUCUGUGUAUCGCAUCAUCACAGUUUUUGAUCUGAAAUUGUCUCACAUUGAGAAACAUAUUUGCCAUUUAACAUCCAAUGUUUUCAUAUUUAACUGUAAAGGACAUAAUGGCACAGGAGUUUAAAGUGCUUUACACGUUAAGUGCCUUUUUCUUAGAAUUGCCACAUUUAGUGUCUAAUUGCAUCCUGUAGCUACAUAGUUUAUAUUUGAAGAUGCUUUUUUGACAUUUUUAAAAGAUAUAGGGUUCAAAGGGACAAUCAGCAGCCAAGAUGAUCGAAGUUCGUAUCUUUUCUAGAUGUUUUGUCUUUGGCGGUUUAAAGGUAACCUUAAAGUCACAGUUUUGUUCUCAGCAGCAGCCUGUGUGUCCAGUGAGCUAGAAAAAACACAGAACUUUGACCUGUUACAUACAGUAUGUGCUCACCAUACCAUUACUUCUCUUAAAGUGAUACUCCCUCACUUUGUGUCUUAUCAGUAUUAAAGAGUCACCUCCUUUUAGUUUAAAAGGUGGCUUCCUUCACAGAGAACAGUUCCUAAGACCUGCUUGUAUUAAUUUUAAUCACAAUUUACUCCAGUAAUAGCAAUCACAUCAUAUAUACACCUGCAGUAAAAUCCACUUCUCUGCUGUCCAUUUGUACACUAAAUGUUUCUACCACACCAAAUAUGGCUUAAUACAAGGCUUUCUUUAUCAGUUUAUUCAUUCAUAUAUUAUACUCUAAGCUUGUGUGCUUAUGUGUCGGACCCUAGGAAGAGUGGCUGAUGCUUGAGCUCAGUUAAUGUGGAUCCUAACAAAAUGAAAUAAACUUCAGUUGGUCACCUGUGACAAAUUAAUUCAACAACCUACAAAUUGCAUGCUAGAAACAAAAGCCGUCUCAAACAGGCUGAACACACAGGCGGAGGGCAGAGAAGUUUGUCAAAGCUGCUGGAGAGGUUUUAGAUGUUUCAGCAUUAUCUUUGAAUUUUAUUCAAAUUGCCAUUUUACUCCUGUGAAGGUUAAAGCUUCAGUCUGUGCUGAUGCUGUAGAUGUGGAGAUUACGGAACAAAACAUAAGACCAACAUUUCUUGUUGGAGUUUUGAACUUCCUUUUAAACAGUGUUAAAUCUUUAUAGAUCCUCUUGUCGAUCCAAAGUGUAGCUUGUUCUGCAAAGCAUUGUUGAGUUAUUACUGUUUUAGAUAGACAUUGCUUAUGUUAAUCAGUUUGAUUUUUUUAGUUUAUUUUUAUAACUGAAGAUAUUUUUACAUUGGUUGCGCUCUGAAGUAUGAGCAUCAGCUCUGGCAUCACACAAAACAUGCAUGCUGUCGUGAAAUAACUGAUGUCAGGGUCAUUUUGCACGAUUUUGAUGCACUGGUGAGCCAGUAUUGUGUAAGAUGCAGUCUGUUUGAGGGAUUUUAGAUUAGUUAAUGAAAUCCUGUCAGGUGCAGCAGAAUUUCUUUUUUGUCUUGGAGCCAAAAUGCAGGAAAUACUUGAAUAAUUCUUCCGCAAACUGAUUUUGGUGUUGUCAGUUUAUAGCCAAAGUGACUGAAGAAAUGACAUCAAACUUUUGAUGAGGUUUUCUUUUUCCCUAAAUGGAUUCAUGCAUCACUUGAAAUGAUGCUCACCUUUAGAUCUUCGAGAUGUGACUCAUGCUCGUGAGUCUUUGUACUGUGUUUGUCAAAUCUGAGAUCCAGCCUUCAUGGUGCCUCAGAGUGACAGCACCGCCAGGCUUACACACCUCCUGCUGCCGUUUAAGCUGAACGUGCUGAGACACGCACAACGUAACCAUUCAGUAAAAGUAAAACAAGUCUGCUUGUGUAUCUGAAAGGAGAGCAGUGAUGCAUGUAGUGCUCAGAGUGGCACAUUACACAUGUAGCAUGUUAUUGUUCCUGUUUUUUUUAGACUGAAUAACUAACAUACUCCCAGUUGAAUUGUUUAGCUUUACAUUCAUGCAUCUCAGGUUUAGUUUCAUUCCCAUGAGGGUGAAACCUAAGAUCUGAUAAGUAAAGUAAAAACUGUUUUAUAUGCGCCCCCCUCCCCCUUUGCAUGUCUGGAAAUUAGAUUCUUUUGGUCAACCACAGUCAACAAGUAGACACAAGUAAAACUAUUCCUCGUUAGAAUGUGCGUCAGUUUCUUACCGCAGACUCUUAAAAGUCAAACUCCGAAGAUGCAGUGCUCAAACCUGUCACUACGCCAAACUGUUUUAUUUAUUUUAUUGUGGCUCGUUUGUGCAAAAAACUAAAUAUAUGCCUCUGUCAUAUAUUUAUUCAUACAGUAAAGGUUGCAUGUGUUUUUAACAUAAUAUAUUGCUUUCAAAUAUAGUUUUAGUACUUCUGUGUUUGAUCAAUAAAUGUUUGGUUUUUUCUA